AUGUUGUGGUACGCUAUCGCCUUAUCCGCGUUGGUAGUAUCCGUCUCAGGACACGGACGUGUGAUACAGCCUCCGUCCCGGGCUUCGGCGUGGCGUUUUGGGUUCCCCACCGCAGCGGACUACGAUGACGAUGGCCGGAACUGUGGCGGCUUCUUCCACCAGCAUUCAGUCAACGGCGGCAAAUGCGGCAUCUGUGGCGAUCCAUACGACCAACCCCAACCACGCCAUCACGAGAUCGGUGGAAUUUACGGAGCCGGUGUCAUUGUCGCGGAUUAUAAGUCUGGAGAACUCAUUACCGCUACUGUCAUUAUCACUGCUUACCAUCGUGGUUAUUGGGAAUUCAAGAUAUGCCCCGAUCCAUACAGGAACGACCAGGCGUGCUUCGAUCAAUAUAUCCUGGAGCUCGAGGAAGGAGGAACUAAAUACUACCCCAAGGGAGAAGGCCAAUUCACAAUGAAAUACCGCUUACCCGCCAGACUUACCUGCGAGCAUUGCGUUCUGCAAUGGAGGUACACAGCUGGAAACAACUGGGGUGUCUGUCAGAACGGCACUCAAGGUCUUGGAUGCGGCAAUCAGGAACAGUUUGGAGCUUGCUCCGACAUCACCAUUAGUAUACCGGUCCAAAAUGCUGAUGAUAAACCGUACCCACUAUCUGACAAUCAACGACUCGGUUACUUCGACGUUCAAGCUCUCCUACAUCUCUUAAGAACAGUAAGCCCUCGACCAAAUGUUCGAGUUGGACCACUGCGACCUGACAUCAAGUUUUCACCUCAUAUUAAUAAAAACAAAAAAAGAAAACGUAAGGGCAAGAAAACCAAACCUCGUAAAAGGAAGAAGAUUAAGAAUGAACUUAAAGUAGGAGGUUACAAGAACAAUUCUAUGCCCUAA